GCGCAAAUGAAUCCAUCGAGGAAGAAACCGAACAACAAGGCUUCCGACUAGAUAGCUGUUGCUAACGGUGCUAACACGAGAAAGCACACAGCUUUGGCAGAAGCAGUCAGCAUGGCGACUCCAGUGCCCGUACUCCGCCUGCCCAAAGGACCUGACCCCAACAGCCGUGGAUUUGACCCCAACUCGCCCCGCUUCAUCGCUCUCUGCCGAACCUCCAUUUCCUCCUCAGCAGCUUCAGAUACCGACAGCGAGCAGCUGCAGAAAGAGCAGCAUGCUCGAUCUGUGCUGAGAGAAGGUUUCCUCCGGUGCUUGCUCUCCAUGACCAACAAGAAGGUUCAGUUCCAGAUGUACGAGAAUGUGAAGGUGGAGGCCACAUUUGGGGCAUCAGACAUUGACGUGCUGAACUUUCAGGUGUCUGACCUGCACACUCCCAUUGGGGUGCAGAAAGAGGCUCUAAUCAGAUGUCAAGAUGUGAUAUCAUUCACCUUUGAUGUAUAAACAUGUUGCUUUUGUGUGUGUGGUGGACUGGAUUAUAUGCUAGUGGUUUAACUGCAUUCAACAAGCAGUCCCACUGUUUUAACACAAGAGGGAGUCGCGUGCCUUUGUGUCAAGAGGUAGCCAUCCAAACUGUAACAGUCUGCAAAGUUAAAGAAGUGCAACUUCAAAGAUAAUGCAGCUUUUUGAGGUCAGUGAAUCCUGCCAGAUGUCACCUGACAUUUAGCCUCAGUAUCAUGUUUAUGAACAGGUUUCCUGUCUCAGUUAAACAUCAGAGUUAGAUAUGUACAAACAUGUUACUGCUGUACUGGUGCUGGAGUUGUGAAAUUGCCUCAUUCAAUUUAACUGAAUGUGGUAUAUAAAAGAUUGCACUUCAAAGAAACCCUUUUGUAUUCACUGUGAAAGUGAUCAGGACUGUGUGGCAAAAUGUUAGUUUUUUGCAAAAUAAAAUGUCUAAAGAAAUAACUGGUAAAUAUUCAUGUUUAAAAAAAUGCUCAAUUUCAAAGUCCACCCUUGGAUCGAGCUCUUUUCCUAAAGUGGGCUCAUUUAACUGUUCCUUUUGGCAUUGUGCAAAAGUCUUGAGGCACCCCCAUUUCUUUAUAUUUUGCUACAGAAAUGGAAAGUAUGUGUGAUUUAUUGAAACGUACAAAAACAUACAGUUUAAAUAAAGCAAAAACUGUUUGUACAGUUACAGUACAAGCUUCAAGGUCAAUAUUUUGUAUGACAAUCUUUAUUCUUCAGCACAGCCUGAACUCUUUGGCAGCUUUUUUGUAAUUUUUUGAAGUAGUCUUCAGGAAUAAUUCUCUGGGCUUCUUGAAGGACAUUCAAGAAGCUGUGGAUGUUGGCUGCCUUAUGUUUCGUUCUCAGUUAAGAUAAUCCUACACUGCUUCAGUAAUGUUGGAGGCUAAUCCAUGAUGUCUUUCAUUGUCUUUUUCUAUCCAGCUAUGCUUGUACUGCAUUGGCAGUAUGUUUGGGAUGCUGAAAAGUAAAGCAUUUUCCAAUCAGAUACUUGGAAUCUUGGUGGUAUUCCACGGUUCUGAUAGUACCUUUAGUGUUCAUUAUUUCACCAAUUUUGAAAAGCUUUUUAACACUGCUCCAAACCACACUAGACCCUCCACUGUGUUUUACAGAUGGCUGGAAACGUCUUCCCUGACCUCGUCUAAUUAAAAAAAUUCAAAUGUGGAUCACUUCAUAGGACCUGUUGCCACUGUUUUUCAGUCCAGUUCUUGUCUAUUUUGGCAUUGCUCAGCCUGUUUCCCUUAAGAAUGGCUUUUUGACGGCCACCCUCCCACUGAGACCAUUUCUAAUGAGACUUCAGUGAACAGUUUUUUGGGUUUUUUUUUGCUUGUUUGUUUGUUUGUUUGUUUGUUUUCCCCUCUUAUUCUUAAGGACACAACUUUCGGAUGUUAUGUCCUUGGCUGCGUUGGCUGUAGUUUGUAACUUACGUCUGACACUUGUCCUCCACUUGUUCAGUUUCCUCAAUUUUUUAAGGUUGCACUGCACACCGUGUCAAGAUAUGCCAGGUGUUCAGCUGAUACCUCUUGUGGUGGAAUGACAUUGCUGGUACAAAACUUCUAUUUUAUGCCUGUCAGAUUUUAUUAUCUUUGGUAUUUAGCUUAAUAAUAUAAUAAUAAUGGUAAUAAUAAUAACAGAUUACUAGUAAUUAAUAGUUCUUUAGAUUAAUCUAAAGAAAAGGAGCAAAUUGUGGGGGAUUUUUUUAGGGGCGGGUUUUUGUUUUUUUUGUUUUGUUUUUUCAACAACAGGCUGCUAUUAACUGUCUGAACUGUUCAAUUUAAAAUGGAUUCUUUGCCAAGUUGUCAUUAUCUGUAGACACAACACUGGUGCAUUACUUGAGUUAGGUGCUUUUUAUGUUUGGGUGAUUCAUAGAUCAGUGUUAAGUGACUUAAACAUUCCUCUCAAAACAAUAACAAAGCAUUCCUCUGAAAUGGUCGGCUAUCUGGAAGCUAUAUACAUAUAUAUAUAUAUAUACAUACACACACACACACACACACACACACACACACACACACACACACACACAUAAAUGUGGGGUUGUCCCACUUUUGUGUAGUACUGUAUAAUGUGACUAAGGGUUAGGUUCAUACUAAAUAUGACACCAGUCCAUCACAAGGCUAACAACAUAAAGGGUAACACCAUUUGUACUCAACCAUAUCUACAACCAAUUUAGAACCAUCGUCUAACCUAACAUGCGUGUGUUUGGACUGUUGGAGGAACUGUGUGCAGGCACAGGGAGAUCAUCCCAACUCCACACAGAAGCACCUCCAGCCAGUUGGAAUCAAAGUCUUUGUCCUGUAAGGCUUACCACUGCAUAGCCAUAUUUUAACCCUUUUUAUAAUUAUUUAAAAAUGCCUGACAACAAAGCUACAAACUGAGUUUUCUCCAAUUGGCUCUCUAUCAUCAUGAUGACCAGUGUAAUAUCUGUGUUUCAUCAAAUAUUAUAUUGGUAGAAUAGUGUGUCGACUAUAGUAGCAACAGUUAGUUGCACAGAGUUUUUAUAUUUAUUGGUUUCUGCUUGAAAAUUGAUUAUUAUUUUUGUUUUGUUUUUUUAAGAAAAAUAUAUGUGCCAGUGCCCUUGACGUACAUAUAUCAU